UCCGCACAGGUGGUCGCGCCGGUCCCCGCCGCAAUGUCGACUAAAGUUCUCCUGAUCCUCUUGGGCACGCUGGUAAUCUUUCCGUGCAUUGAAGGACCUCAAGUUGAAUCAGAGGAGGGAUCCUCUGCCAGUGCUGAUAAGGUCUAUGGCCCAAAGCCCCAGCCUCCUGAAAAGGACCUCUCCUCUGAAGAAAUAAAGCCCACUGCUGUUGGUACCCAUAAGAAACUUGGCAAAAUGCCAACAGCCACGGAAAUCCUGGAUGGCAUCUUCCAUAACUAUGACUACAAACUGCGCCCUGGCAUUGGAGAGAGACCCACUGUGGUCACCGUCGAACUGUCUGUCAACACCCUUGGGCCUCUCUCUAUCAUGGACAUGGAAUACACCAUUGACAUCACCUUCUGCCAGACUUGGUAUGACGAACGCCUUCGUUUCAAUGGCAGCUUUGAGAGCUUUGUUCUGAGUGGCAACUUGGUGAGCCUGCUGUGGGUCCCAGACACCUUUUUUAGGAAUUCUAAGAGGACCCAUGAGCACUCAAUCACCAUGCCCAACCAGAUGGUCCGCAUCCACAAGGAUGGCAAGGUGUUGUACACCAUCAGGAUGACCAUUGAGGCUGGAUGCUCACUCCACAUGCUCAAAUUUCCAAUGGACUCUCACUCUUGCCCUCUGUCUUUCUCUAGCUUUUCCUAUCCUGAGAAUGACCUAAUCUACGAGUGGGAAAAUUUCACGCUUAAGAUCAAUGAGAGUAAUUCCUGGAAGCUCUUCCAGUUUGACUUUACAGGAGUGAGCAACACGACUGAAACUGUUACAACCCUGGCUGGUGAUUUCAUAGUCAUGACGCUUUACUUCAACGUGAGCAGGCGAUUUGGCUUUGUGGCCUUUCAUAACUAUGUUCCUUCCUCUGUGACCACAAUGGUCUCCUGGAUUUCCUUUUGGAUCAAGAAAGAGUCUGCUCCAGCCAGGACUUCUCUAGGGAUCACCUCUGUACUCACCAUGACCACUUUGGGCACUUUCUCGCGGAAGAAUUUCCCACGCGUGUCCUAUAUCACAGCCUUGGAUUUCUACAUUGCCAUCUGCUUCGUCUUCUGCUUCUGUGCUCUGAUGGAGUUUGCUGUGCUCAACUUCCUGACCUACAACCGGACGGCGCCCCGUGGUUCUCCCAUACUUCGCCAUCCUCGUGCCACGAUCCGUGUCCGCAUCCCUGUCACUGAGCAUCCGGAAGCUUUUGUGUGCGACAUUGAGGACUCCGAGGAGGACGAGUCGGGGGAGAGUGAGGAAGAUGAAGGCCCAUCCUGCCCAGCCCAGCAGGCCGCCAGGCCAAGCCGCCUCCGGCGCUCUGCUGGCUGCAGCAGGUGGUGCGAUAAGUACUGCUGCAUGGUCCCCACUUGUGACGCCAGCAGCUGGCAGCAGGGCCGCCUCUUCAUCCAUGUCUACCGCUUGGAUAACUACUCACGAGUGAUUUUCCCAGUCACCUUCUUCUUCUUCAAUGUGAUCUAUUGGCUUGUUUGCCUUAAUCUGUAG